CCUUCCUCUUCUCUUCUUCUUCUUCUUCUUCUUCUUCUGCUUCUCUCUCCUUUUCUCUCCCUCUUGCCUCCACCUCCACCUCCUCCACCUUCCAACCAAACAUCUCCACUCCUCCCCAACACACCACAUUCAAGAUGGGCUUCAUCGACGACGAAGUUAAGCGCCUCGGCGAUGUCAUUGCCUCCCUCGAGGAUCGCGUCAGGUCCCUCGAGACCCGCGACUUCAGCGGCAAGCCCGUCACCACCGCCGAGCAGCUCCGCAUGGUCCUCAUGGGCCCUCCCGGUGCCGGCAAGGGCACCCAGGCCCCCAAGAUCAAGGAGAAGUUCAACUGCUGCCACCUUGCCACCGGUGACAUGCUCCGCGCCCAGGUCGCCAAGGGCACCGCUCUCGGCAAGCAGGCCAAGAAGAUCAUGAACGAGGGCGGUCUCGUCAGCGACGACAUUGUCAUUGGCAUGAUCAAGGACGAGUUGGAGAACAACAAGGAGUGCCAGGGCGGCUUCAUCCUCGACGGCUUCCCUCGCACCGUCCCCCAGGCCGAGGGUCUCGACGCCAUGCUCCGCGAGCGCAACCUGCCCCUGCAGCAUGCGGUCGAGCUCAAGAUCGACGACUCCCUUCUCGUCGCGCGCAUCACGGGCCGUCUCGUCCACCCUGCUUCCGGCCGUUCCUACCACCGCAUCUUCAACCCGCCCAAGGACGACAUGAAGGACGACAUCACGGGCGAGCCGCUGGUGCAGCGCAGUGACGACAACGCCGAGGCGCUGCGCAAGCGUCUUGAGACCUACCACAAGCAGACGGCGCCCGUCGUCGGCUACUACCAGAACACGGGCAUCUGGAAGGCCAUUGACGCCAGCCAGGAGCCCGCCCAGGUCUGGAAGUCCCUGCUCGCCAUCUUUGAGGGUGACAAGGCCAAGGCUAGCAGCGCUGGCAGCGGUAUCAUGAGCAAGAUUGCUUCUGCUGCCAAGAGCUCGUAAAGAAAACACCCGGCAAAACCAAUGUCAGCUUGUGGUUUCUUUCCACGUUUUAGGUUGGUG